UACAGAGAUACUCAAAGAGAUUGUUGCACUUAUGUAGGUUUUAUUUUAUUUGUUUUUUUAAUCUUAUAUUUUGGAAAUGUACAAUCAGGGUUUUUUUUCUUCCUUUAAAUUCCUUUUUAAAAUUUGGGGCCCCCCAAGAGUCAGCUUGUUUAGCGUAUACGUCAAUCCGGCACUGCCACACUCCCCUCAAGCCCCCUCUAUCUAUAGCAAGCCCCACUGCUCCCAAGUCAGCUGGGAAACCUGAGGCAGAAGCUAUUAAAAGGGCCUCGUUGCCUUCAGCCUCCCGGGAGCAGCGGGUGGGGACGACCUUGGGGGGCGGAGGGAGAGGCAGCCGAGGCACCAAAAUAGGAGCUGCUGUGCAGGCCAUCUGCUCGCGGACAGCUUGGCAAGCAGCGCCAACGGAGCGCCUCUUCUUCUUCUUCCCAAAGAUGGUCAGGUCAAAGGGUCGCGCCGGAGGAGUAAAGCGCCGCCGCGUUUGCUUUCCCUGAAAGAUCCGCGGCCAAUACUUCCGACACGCGCACACUGGCGGGAGAAUUGCAACCGGUCGCGCGGCGGCGGAGGCAGCAGCAGCAGCCGACGCGCCGCGAGCCCUUUUUGCAGGACCCCCUCGGGCGGCGUUGGUCAGAAGAGCGGACGAGGCACGGGCGGGGUCUCUCCAGCAGCAACCCCUAUGAUGGCAGGGCCCGCCCGCCCCCCUCCAUGCGCGCACAAGGGCCAUCCUGAGGGGAGCAGCCUGAGGCGAUAGACGCUUCGCUUAUUUCCUCCCCCUCACGGCUCGACCCUCCUCGCUUUUUUUUUAUUUUUUCGGGAAGCGGGCGCGCGCCUCGCCCCGCGUGGAGGAGAGCAGGUGGGUCUCCGCACACCGCGCGCCGCUGUGGGGGGCGGGGGCGGGGUGUCUGUCCGUCACGAUACAGGUGCCUGUUUGUGUCACGCACGCGGCCCUGGGCCUUUGGAAAUGUCUGGACUCGCAUAGCUGCCAAGUUUUCCCUUUUCUCGCGAGGAAGCCUAUUCAGCAUAAGGGAAAAUCCCUGUAAAAAAGGGAUAACUUGGCAGCUAUCGUCUGGAGAGGCGACAACCUUCGCUUCCCAAACCGAGCCCUCCUCGCCCGUUUCCUAUCGAAGGCAAGGCGAGGGAUUUCCCUCCCCCCCCCCACACUAGUCUUCUUCCCGAGCGCACAGAACGAAACGCGGCAAACGCGUGACUUCGAAUUGGUUCCCCGUGUUCUCCUUUUGUCUCGCUGCCGGUGCAAGAGAAACUGCUGGCUUUUGUCUGCAGGCGCCAGUUUCGGAUUUACGCAUAAGCUAAACAAGGCUUAGGGCCCCACUAUCUCAGGGCCUCCCCCCCCCAAAAAAAAAUUAUGAGUCUUUGUAAAUUGUGUUUCUAAAGCAACUUUUGUUAUUGCCAAAUGCCAGUGUGUUGCAUUAUUAAGUUUGUUAUGGAUAAAAAAUCAUUUUAAGUUAGAGCUUAAUAAUUAUUUCACUAUUAAUAUACUUCUUAAUUGUAUUUCACUAUUAAUAUACUUCUUCUUAAUUGUAUUUCAGUUCAACGAUGACUUUGAUAAAAUACAUAUUUUGUUAUGUGCAAAUGGCUUUAGAUACCUUUUAGGUUCAUAAAUUACCAUAUAGCAUAUAUUCAACACAAAAAAGCGACAAUUUGUUAUUGACAAAGGACAGCUGGACAUAUAAAGGGCUCCAUUACCUUCAGUAGCUUAGGGCCUCAUCAAACCAAAAUCCGGCCCUGGGAGGCGCUGUGCUUUUGAAUGCGUACAUAGCAGCACGAGUCCAGACUUUCCUGCGCUCUCGUGUGUGGUGCUGCAUCCUGUGAUCCUAAGGAAGAGACGUUGCAAUCCCACUUAAUGGGGGAAGAAGCCCCAUUGAAUCCAGUAGGUUACAGGGCUGCAAAUAAAAUGUUCCAAGGGUGCUGUAAAGUUGCAUUAUACAAAUGUGACACUAGAUGGCGACGGUGAGCUAUGGAAAAAUACAAUAUAUAUUUUUAAAAACUUUUCAUUUUUUUUUUAAAAAAAACAUUUAAUAAUUUUAAUAAUUUAUUAUUUAUACCCCGCCCAUCUGGCUGGGUCUCCCCAGCCACUCUGGGCUGCUCCCAACAGAAUAUUAAAAAUACCAGCAAACAUUUAAAACUUACCUAAACAGGGCCUUCAGAUAUCUUCUAAAAGUCAGAAAGAAUAAGAAUAAAUAAGAUCUAAAAUAUGGCAAGACAUUGAGAUGAUGUCCAAAUAAGGCAAUUUAUACUGAAACUAGAUAAAGAAGAAGAUUAUGAGGCCAUUCUUCCACAAGUGUGCAUUUACUUAUUUACACCUCAUUUACUUCUUGUUACCUAACACUAGACUUAGCUCUUUGUAUUUUACGCCUUACGGACUCUACUAUAUUGUGGGAGCCAGAUGUGGAUUGUCUUAUACCUUCUCCUUUUUGGAGUACCCCUGGUAUGAGAACAUCUGGAUUGAAGGAGAAGUGUGGGAGGACAGUGAUUUGGAGGAGAGCAUCAAAGAGCAUCACAGAGAAUUGGAGCUACAGGAAGCUUAAUGUCUCCAUUAAACAACAGUAUGGAUAAGCCCAAAAAGAAUAUAGUGGUACCUUGUUUUGCAAACGUCUCGGAAGUCAAAUGUUUUGAACACCGAAAAUGCAGAAGUAAAUGAUUCCAUUUUCGAAUGCACCUCAGAAGUCAACCGGCUUCUGCUGAGUCCCCCCCCCCAAAUUUUCUCUAUUAAAUUUGCAGGCCGCCCCUUGCACCUCGGUUUUCGAACGUUUCGGAACUCGGACGGUCUUCCAGAACAGAUUACAUUCGAAAACCAAGGCACCACUGUUUAUUUAUUCAGUAGGGCUUACAGAAGGCUCUACAAUCUUCAUUGCUUUACCAUUUCUUGACAUUUUAUUGCAGAGAUGGCAUUGACUGAGCAGGAAGAAUAUACCUAUAUAUACAAAGACGGCUCUCAUCCUGUGGAGUUCUUGGAUGCAUUCAGAACAUUCUACCUUGAAGGUGUAUUCACUGAUAUUGCCCUUCAGUGUGCAUCAGGCAUGGUUUUCCAUUGCCAUAAAGCUGUGCUAGCUGCCUGCAGCAACUAUUUCAAGGCCAUGUUCACCUCUGACAUGAAGGAGAAGACUAAGAACCAGGUCGAACUUUCUGGGCUCAGUCCCACAAUACUGGAAUCCCUGGUGAUUUACGCUUACACAUCAGAGAUUCAAAUAACAAAGAGAAAUGUCCAAAGCCUUCUCCAAGCAGCAGACCUCCUUCAGUUUGCCUCGGUGAAAAAAGCCUGCGAGCGGUUUCUGAUACGGCACUUAGAUGUCGACAACUGCCUAGGAAUGCACUCCUUUGCAGAAUACCACGUCUGCUCAGAGCUGGAGAAGGAAUCUAGAAGGAUAUUGUUAUCGAGAUUUGAUGAGGUGUGGGCACAGGAAGAGUUUUUGGAAAUCAGCAGCGAGAAGCUCCAGUUUAUUCUCUCCAGAAAGAAUCUCGGCCUUUGGAAAGAGGAGGCAGCCGUGGAACCCAUUGUUAAGUGGGUAGCCUACGACGUGGAAAAAAGAGCUGAGUGCAUUUAUGAUCUGCUGAGCUGCCUCGAAGCAGAUUUAGAUGAAAUGUAUCUGAGGUCAGCUUUAAGCUUGCACAAGAAAUGCCGGCUGAAUGAAAACAAGAUCCGGUCUCUAAUACACAACGCGUUGCGCCCCAACACAAAAGCAAUUUCUACGAGGUCUACGGCUGUUAUGUACGUGAUUGGGGGAUACUACUGGCAUCCUUUAUCUGAGGUGCAUGCAUGGGAUCCAGUCACCGAUGUCUGGAUCCAGAGAGCUGACAUGCCGGACCACGCGAGGGAAAGUUAUGCAGUUGCUAGUCUGGGACCCAACAUUUAUGUGACAGGCGGCUAUAGAACAGACAAUAUAGAAUCCCUUGAUGUAAUGUGGAUAUACAACUGUGAAGCCGAUGAAUGGGUUGAAGGCUGCCCUAUGCUUAAUGCAAGGUACUACCACUGCACAGUUACCUUGAAUGGCUGCAUCUAUGCUUUAGGGGGUUACAGAAAAGGGGCCCCAGCUGAAGAAGCAGAAUUCUAUGACCCUUUAAAAAAGAUAUGGGUCCCUAUUGCAAACAUGAUUAAAGGGGUUGGGAAUGCCACGGCCUGUGUCUUGAAUGAAGUUAUCUAUGUCACUGGAGGUCACUACGGUUAUCGGGGAAGCUGCACUUACGACAAAGUUCAAAGUUAUCACUCUAAUAUUAAUGAAUGGAAUGUCAUCACCACCAGUCCGUAUCCAGAAUAUGGGCUGUGUUCCAUUGCAUUGGAGAACAAGCUGUACCUUGUGGGUGGACAAUCGACGGUCACGGAUUGCUAUGACCCAGAGCAGAAUGUAUGGAAACAGAAGGCUGAUAUGAUAGAAAGAAGGAUGGAGUGUGGCGCUGUCGUCAUGAAUGGAUGCAUCUAUGUGACGGGAGGCUAUUCCUCUUCCAAAGGGUCGUAUUUGCAGAACAUUGAGAAAUACGAUCCUGAAUGCGAUACAUGGGAAAUUGUGGGGAAUCUCCCCAGUUCUAUGCGCUCGCAUGGCUGUGUCUGCCUGUACAGUGUACUAGAGGUUGAAAAUGCCACUUAUGGGACAAGGAACUAAUAAUAUAAGGGAGCCCAAACCUAGAGGAAUGAUGGGACCUAGCCUAUGGAGGAAACACGUUAUUCAGUCACUAUGCAACACUACUCCGUUUGGCUUUUAUUGACACUAAGCCUAGUAGUGCGUCAACUCCAGUUAAGCUCCCACAUUGUUGAUACAAGGGCUACCACUUCUUUUGUUACUACUGUUCUCUGCCCUACAAGCAAUGUGAAUGUUUGAUUGCUGCCAGAGCCAGAUCUGAUUAACUGUUGGGGGUUAGGGUUUUAUAUUUCUAAAGGGAGAACAAACAUUGGUUUUGUGUGUGUGUGCAAACCAAGUUAUUUUUGCACCAAAUAUGGUCUUAAAGCCAAUGUUAAACAGGUAUGAGGGGGAAUCUGUGACCUUCCUAAACCUUGCUAAACUCCAAGUCUCAUCCGUCCCAACCAGCAUGACUAAUGGUCAUGGAUGAUAGGUGCUGCAGUCCAAAGCAUCUGGGAGAGGUUCUCCAUCUCUGGUAUAACAUCUCCAGUUUAUCUCUUGACAAUAGCAAACUGCAGACUUGGGCUUCUCUUAAUACCCAGCACAAUUCCCCCCUCCCCUUUUCCACUCUGCCCUUGACAUUUGGAAAGUUGUUUGGCUUAACGUACAAGCUCAACAUACAACAUUCGAGCUUAACAUACAACUCAGCAGGUUGGUCACUAUUUUGUGAUAUUUUUAAUUGGCCCUAAAAUAGUUACUGUGCUACUGUUGCUUUUGGAUUUUUGUCCGAGAGACAGACACUGCCUACAAUUUGUGUCUAAUCAAUAGGUGGCAUCUACGCUACAGGUUGACCUCCUUUAUUAAUUUUAUGGUACUACUGUGUUGCCGUUGUGUAUGAACGGUACAAUAGCUAUCAAAAUAAAAUAUAGGUGUGUGUGUGUAAAUGAGCACAACUCCCUAAUUUUAGGGUCAUACGAGGUUAGGCAGUGGUACUUUCUUGGAUCUGACUGGGCAGAAGACCCCGCUUUUUGUAUAUUACAUAACUGCCUAUCCUAUAAAUUUGAACAAUGUGCUUUUCAAAUGCAUUUUGGACUAGAAAUCUAUUGUUUAUCUUUCAUAGUUGUAAAACUACUUUUGCAUAUCACGUUUGUUUUUCAGAAUGACGAUCUAAAAGUGACUUUAAAAAAUGUAAACAAUUGAAUUUGUGGUCUAGGUCACUGACGAUAACCAGCUGCUUAUAAAACGUUGCCGCCUUUUCUUUAUUUGGCUUACAUAGCACCAAAUGCUAAGCCAAACUAUGCCUUACCAUGAACAAGCAAGAGUGCAUCUAGAAAGUCAUGGCCACUUCACUCCUACCCUAGUCCUGGUCCUGCUGCUAUCAUGCUACAGACACCUAUGCUACAGACUUAGCAUUACAUGUAAACCUGAGUUCAUUAUUUGUCUUCCCUGAUGACACAAACCUUGGUUACAGCUCAUUGCGGGGCUUUGAGCAAGACAAACCAUGUGUCCAGGUUUGCCCAUAAUGCUAAUGGCUUGACUCCUGGUAGCAUGGCAACCACAGGCAUGGAGAGGGUGUGGAGCAAAGCAGCCACAAGAAUUUAAAAGAAUUACUACCCGGUAGUAUUUGAAUUUUAGUUCAAAAGUACCAGCACUGUAAUAAUCACUUCAGUACUUUUCUUAUUUCCAAAAAAAGUUGCUAAGUUCACCAGCACAUUGAUAGCAAACACUAAGAAAAGGAACCCCCAGUUUCAGGAUGACAAUGCAAGAGACAUCAGCAUAAAUGUUUACAAACUGCGAGUGCCACUGUUCUGGUCAUUAUUAUUUAUAGAAGUGGGAAAGAAUUAGAAUGUAGAGCUUUCAGGUUCUUGUUACAAUUGUAUUUAUUGUUUUUGCUUAUAUUUAAUUUAUAUUUAAUUCACAUUAAGGAUGUUGUGCAUUUGAUAAAUAUUUGUAAAAUGUGAUUUACUUUCAGGAGUAAACAAAAUGCUGCACUGUUUUCUAAAUUAUAAGGAAUACACUACUUGAAACCCUUUUUCAAGAUGUGCUCAUUAACUUUGGGGGGGGGAAGACUAAUCUAAUAUCUUAUCCCACUGAAAACACAGGCACCCCCCCCCCAACUUGUGCAGGGCUUGCAUUCUGGGUCAUCACUCGCUUCCGUGAAAUCGUUUGUAAUUGAAAAAGCCUGCAUACACCCCAUUAUUCCACCCCGGUUCACCCUGGGUCACUUCAGGGUUUGGUGAUGUGUGCAUGUGCAUGAUUGCUCACAUAUUGGUAGUGCCUAACAUGGGAGUUGUCUGUAGUACAUCUCAAAAUGUGCUUAGGACCAAGAGGGAAGAAUACCGUUUCCUUGAAGUAACUUCGGCCAUUUUUUCUCAAGCAUGCCAACAUGCUUGCAAGAAGCGAUCAAAUAAA